GGAAACCACCAUAACAUAAAACUUAGACGUUACAGUUAAUUCGUGUUUUGCGCAGGAAGUAGCUUGAAAUGCAUAUUUGACACAAUCAUAUUUAGAAGAAGCUGCUACAAUGACUUCUAUGAGAGAGAACGAGGAUAUUGCUUGUUACUUCAUCACUAAACAUUCAUGGAAGGGCAAGUACAAGCGAGUCUUCUCAGUAGGAAACAUGGGCAUAACUACUUACAGUCCUAACACACUUGAAAUCACUAACCAGUGGCCGUACAGUGAAUUUGUAGGUAUUGUGCCAAACGUGAAGGCGCAGGGAACCAAUGAGUUUAUAAUCACCAUCAAGAAAGGUGGCAAGAAGACUGACACGAUGAGAUUUUCAACAGACCACAGAGCUGACUUGAUCACUGAAGCCUUAAGGUACAGGGACAACUUUGCCGAAACUCACAAACACAAUCUGAAAUACAAUGCAUACAAGCAUCACUGGUCUGACAAGCGGCUACCAACUCAGCUUGAGGUUGGGCCAGGUUCGUUAGAUCAAGUUGACCUUACAACGGGAAAGGUGCUCUGUUCCUACGACUACAAAGACAUAGAAGCAUUUGUUCAGAUAAGCGACUACCCGGGCGGUUUCGCCGUAUCAUACGGAGGAUUCGGACGGCUGCACUUCUUCGCGUCUGAGCGCAGGGAAGAAAUCUUGCAGAAGUGUAUCGAGCACGCGUCGGCAGGGGUCGGGGUGCAGCUGAGAAUGCCCAAGGACACGUGGGAGUUCGAGCGUUGCCAGCGCAACAAGUUUGGAAAGUUUAGCGACGACGAGUCACUGACGUCGCUGGUCGAGUUUGUCGUGCAGAAAGUCUCCCCUCGUCACAACAAUGAGCACGUGCGGCGGCUUUUGUGUCUCACUGAGACGUGUCUCAUUGAGAGAGAUCCUACCACGUACCACAUCGUUACGCUGAGACCUUUAUGUGAUAUAUUUGCAUUAGUUAGAAGUCAAGGGAAUCCACAGAUGUUUUCUGUUGAGUACGUGAAAGGUCAGGUCAGGUCGUACACAUCUACAGAUAGGGACGCUCUGCUGGCUAGCGUGCUAGAUGGAGUGCGAGCGUCCGGGAAUCGAGCCGUGCACGUGAAGAUGUGCGUGACACCGCGCGGUUAUCGUCUCGGGCCGUUCACGGUGCCCGUCGACGAAGAGGUGGAGAGUGUACACCUGAGGUUCCUGACACAGCCGUAUCCACUCACAAAUUACACGUUUGGUACAAAGGAAGCUCUCUAUGAGAAGGAUGCGUCGGUGCAAGCGAGAUUUCAGAGGAUGAGGGAGGACUUCGUUAAGAUAGGCAUGCGUCGUUCGGUAGAGGGUGUGUUGCUUGUACAUGAACAUGGUCUCCCACACGUCCUACUGCUGCAGCUCGGAACAACAUUUUUUAAAUUACCAGGAGGAGAAUUAAAGACAGGAGAAGAUGAGGUGGAUGGAUUGAAGAGGCUGAUGACAGAAACCCUAGGCAGACAAGAUGGGGUUCAGCAUGAGUGGGUCAUAGAAGAUACGAUCGGUAACUGGUGGCGGCCCAACUUUGAAGCACCCCAAUAUCCAUACAUUCCUGCACAUAUAACCAAGCCGAAAGAACAUAAAAAGCUUUUCUUAGUACAACUCCCAGAGAAGGCAUUAUUUGCUGUCCCAAAGAACUACAAAUUGGUAGCUGCGCCUUUGUUUGAGCUGUUCGACAAUUCUCCAGGCUACGGUCCUAUCAUCUCAAGCCUGCCACAGGCUCUCAGCAGAUCGAAUCAAGAGCAGGGUCUGUUUGCGGAGAACAAGGAGAAGUUGAUCUACACGGCGCUAGCAGCGCUGCUCACGAUGGAGGGCGAUCAGGACAGGAUCACAGGCGAGCAGCUAGAGAACCAGUUCCACGCCUUGCGGCGCCUCGCAGCUUCCAAGGCCGGAUUCGCAGCUUUCACGAAACUGCCUAGGUUUCGGGAGAAGGUCGGGAUGAAGGUCGUGAAGGCAUUGAAGCGAAAAGACGCUGGCGUGGCGCAUGCUGCUAUCGACAUGAUCAACACACUCAUGCAGCCGAUGCACGAUGACUACGAUCUAAGGCAGGAGCAGCUGAAUAAAAGCUCCAUCUUAUCGUCGAAGCUGUUUCUCGAGAAUCUGCUGGAUAUAUUCACAACGUGUGUGGUCAGCGAUAGAGGCUCGCUCGUCAUAUCGGCCAUGUUGGAUUUCCUGACGUUCACGCUGUGCGCUCCGUACAGUGAGACUACUGACGGCACACAGUUCGACACACUGUUAGAGAUGGCGGCCUCGCACGGACGCUGCAUAUUCCGCUUGUUCCAGCAUCCUUCGUUGGCCAUCGUGAAAGGUGCUGGUAUGGUGAUGAAGGCUAUCAUUGAGGAGGGAGAUGCAGAGAUUGCAGCGAAGAUGCAGGAUUUGGCGCUAGCAGAGGGGGCGCUACCGAGGCAUCUUCAUGUCGCCAUGUUCACACUCAGCGCCGACAGUCGCAUGCUCACAAACCGGUACCAGCACCCUUAA